UGUGCCACGUGUACCACCAGCUUCUCUGGCCUUGCUUCUUACCUCAAUGGACCUUCUGUUGGGAAUGUUUCGGAUUGUACGGCUUACCCUUCUAUUUAUGCUGCAGCUUUUGCUAAUCAGUUUGGGCCCACUGAUGAAGGUACUAUAAAGUGCUUGUUUGCUAUUGAUGUUACUGCUACUGCUAGUUCAGGAAAAGGUAAGAAAAAUGUGACUAUUAUUGUUGUGGUUCUAGUUUGUGGAUUGGUAUUAGUGUUUGUUGGGUUUGUUUAUUGGAUUCUGUGGCGGCGGAGGAAACAUAGAUUGGCUCAUAAGUGGAACAAUAGGAGGAUUGAGAGUAAUUUGAGUUCUCGUUUGGAUUCAAUUAGUGGUAGUACUACUUUGAUUAGGUUUACUAUAGAUGAAAUUAAGUUGGCGACCAAGAAUUUUGCUAGGGCGAAUAUAGUUGGGACAGGAGGGUAUGGGAAUGUGUAUAAGGGUGUUUUGCCUGGUGGAAUUGAAGUAGCUUUGAAGAGGUUCAAGAAUUGUUCAGUUGCUGGGGAUGCAAGUUUCACACAUGAAGUUGAGGUUAUUGCUAGUGUUAGGCAUGUUAAUUUGGUAGCUUUGAGAGGAUAUUGCACGGCUACAACUCCUUAUGAGGGUCACCAGAGGAUUAUUGUUUGUGAUCUGAUGAAGAAUGGGAGUCUUCAUGAUCAUUUAUUCGGGACGCGAUAUGAGAAAUUGAGUUGGGGUAUUAGGCAGAAAGUUGCACUUGGCACUGCUAGAGGUUUGGCUUACUUGCAUUAUGGAGCACAACCGGGUAUUAUUCAUAGGGAUAUUAAGGCGAGUAAUAUACUUUUGGAUGAGAGUUUUGAGCCUAAGGUGGCAGAUUUUGGAUUAGCAAAGUUCACUCCUGAAGGAAUGACACAUUUGAGCACUCGUGUAGCAGGGACGAUGGGAUAUGUAGCACCCGAGUAUGCUUUGUAUGGCCAGUUGACAGAGAGGAGUGAUGUUUAUAGCUUUGGAGUUGUGCUUCUUGAGCUUUUGAGUGGCAAGAAAGCAAUAAUAGAGUUCAACGAUGGGCAGCCGACGCUUGUGACUGAUUGGGCAUGGUCAUUGGUUAGGGAAGGUAGAGCAUUAGAUGUUCUUGAAGACAAUAUUCCAGAUUUAGGCCCUCCAGAAGUUGUGGAGAAGUAUGUAUUAGUAGCUGUUCUUUGUUCCCACCCACAAUUGUACGCAAGGCCAACAAUGGACCAGGUUGUGAACAUGUUGGACGCGGACAUACCUGUUCCAACCAUACCUGAGAGACCGAUUUCUCUCAUUGCGGAUCUUGAUGACAUUGAAAGGUCUGUUAGCAGUAGUUUUUCUGGUAAUCUGUCCACUGCUGCAGGCUAUCAGCCGUACAUAAUUGAGCGCGAGGCACCCCUAGCAGAUAGUGAUUCUGUCAAGGACAGAUCAUUGGAUUAAAGAUUGUGAUAGAGAUAGAUGCAAAGUAUCAUUUUGAAAUAUCUGCUUCAACAGAUUUACAACGAGUUGUGAUGAAUAGCUCAUUCAUUGGUUUAUUUGUAGUGAAUUUGUUUCCGACAUAGGAUCCAGAACUACUAACAUAAAUUGUACAGUGACUAUGUAUGUAUAUUCAACUUUUGAUUCUUCUGUAAUAGUUUGGAGGAAUAAAUUAUGAUGUUUUGAAGGCAA